AUGGGAAAGUGGAAUGUCAUAUGGCUUUCAUCAUUACUGACUGCUCUAUGGGAGCCCUGUUGCUUCGCGCAGAUGCCCUCUGGCCAUGCUUCUUUUUUUACAUCAUAUCGUGAUGGCGAGUUCGUGAUUGGAGACCCGGUUGUCGUUGUUGGAGUGCACCGCGGAGUGCGCGGGCUCCGUAACCACGCCGCCAGGAUGUGCCGGGAUUGGCAAUAA